AUGAGUUGGGCAGUGCCUCAUUUGGGCCGUCGCGCAUCGGCCCAACACUGCGAUCCUGGCGCCAGCUUGCCGACGCGAUCGUUCUCCACCUUCCACCAUCCCACCCAUCCAUCAACGAUCAUCAACGUGAUCCGCACCACCACUUUUUCGACCAUCGAACUUCAAGCAAACAUGGCGGGCAAACGUGGAGGCGGUUUUGAUAUUGGCAUGAUCUUUGCGCACAAGAUCCUGACGGUGCUGUUUGUGCUGAGCACGGUCGGAUGGGUUGUGGCGUUUAUCGGGCAGAUUGCGGCCGAAGCCGGUGCGGGUGGAAGGCAGGGCUCGCUGUGGUUCGCCAUCUUUCUGCAGCUCGCGGUGAUCGCAGGCUACUAUGCGUGCGUCAUGACCGACAGCCUCGCCACGGCCCGACUGCAGCUCACCGCAUUUACUGCAGUGGCGCUCGUGUUCAGCGUGACGGGCAUCAACUCGGGCAUCUACUCGGGUAACUCGUCCGAGCAGGCCGUGGCGGCGGGAUGGUUCUUGAUCACGAUUACGAACAUCGUCUGGCUGCUGUUUGUGACGGCCGAGGAGGAGUCGCCGUUCUAUGCGAUGCUCAACAUUGCUAAUGAUGGCGUCACCCCGCCUGGGGCUGGUGCAGGACGUAGUGGAGGUGCGAGGUACGGUGGGAACCAGAACAUGCGCAUGGCGAACAAUGCCAGUACGGGGCUCGGGUACGGCGCGGGUAAUGCCAGUGCCUACUCGGGCAACUUGCAGGGAGGUGGGUACCAGCCUGCGUAUGGAAACAGCCCGAGUGCAGCCGACAUCACCACGGCGAACGGAACCGGACUGGGCGCACCCAAGAUGUCGUCGGCCUCGAUUCGCAGUCGCGGCGCAGAGGGUGCAGCCACGCAGGACGCGGCGCCGAGCGUUGCCAGCCACGCACCAGCCAGCCCUGGCGGGGCGCAAAAGUCAGACCUGCCAGACUACGGAUACAAGGCACGCGCGCUGUACGCCUACCAGGCCAACGCCGACGACCCCACCGAGAUCAGCUUCGCCAAGGGCGAGGUGCUCGACAUCGUCGACAACUCGGGCAAGUGGUGGCAGGCCCGCAAGGCCACCGGUGAGACGGGCAUCGUCCCGUCCAACUACAUGCAGCUGCUCUAG